CGGGUGAGGGGCGUGGUCAUCGGCAAGAUGGCGGCGCCCGGCCUGCUGCGCUCUUUGUCGCGGCUGCUGGUUCCCGCCUGGAUCCCGCGCGGACCUUCAGCACGCUCGAAGUUCUACGUGCGCGACCCACCGAAUGACAAACCAGACUGGCUGAAAGUUGGGCUGACCUUGGGCACCACCGCCUUCCUUUGGUUCUAUCUCAUCAAACAACAUAAUGAAGAUGUUUCAGAAUAUAAAAGAAGAAAUGGGUUGGAAUAAGCUUUGGAAAUACAUAGUGUGCUCCUCAUACGGUUAUAACAGAUGCUCUGGCUUUUCCAACCUGUUGACUUGCGAAUGUGAGAGCAGUUAUAUGUAAAUGUCUAUCAAGCCAGCUUUUGUGUUUUGCUUCAUUAAAGAAGUAAAAAUACUUACAUAUCCAAGUAA